AUUCGCUUCUUCUAUCGAGGUAGGGCAGUAGAAGCGUGAGCACAUAUAAGUGCUUAUUUUCCAAAGAGAACGAUAAGUUAGAUUGCGUCCAUUUCAUCGACACAAUCUAACCUCCAAUAUAAAUCUUAAAGUGAAAUAGUGUUUCAAAAUGAUUUCCAACGAAAGUAACAAAACCAGAGUAACUCUGCAAGAUGUUACAAAUAAUAAAAUGUAUACACUUGUUGUUACAUCAGAUGAGGCAAAACGUGUAGAAACAGUAAUAGAGUGCAUCCGGAUGAAGAAUUUGAACGCACUACAGUGCAGCUACAAAGAACAGACCUAUAGAAUGAUGUUUGUGUCGACUUGUGUCUCUUGUUGGAAAGUAACCAUUGUAGAUCAGGCUUUAGACGACAAAAUAUCGCGUUUUUCGCGUCCGUGUCCAAUCGUCAAUGACUACCGAGACUUUUCAAAUUUAAACCGUAAAAUCGAUCAACUGUCGUCGAUCUCCUUUGCGAGAAUAUAACAGCCAGGCCGGAUUUACGAGAUACGCA